UGACAGAGACAGCUGCAUUUGAAAAUAUGAUUGCCAGAGUAAAGAACAGUUCAAACCAAACUGACCAAGCAUGGAAAAACCUAAUGGCCUUUAUAACAAAUUAGAGUGGUCAAGUACUCGUGGACGGAAUUUGGGUUAUCAAGAAAAUGCAGGAAUAAAUGCAGGGUAUAAAAUAAGCCAAUCAUUAACCCAUUUUAUCAAUGCUGUGACGGAGAUGCAUGAUACAGUGCUGAGGGUGGUCACUACCCCCAAAUGCAAAACCUGGAAGUCGAGCAAAGAGAGCAAAGUUUACAGUAAACCAGUGGGAGCUAAAGUGACAGAUCACACUCAGAUUUCAUCACUGUGAUGAAAUUAAUCUCCCAAUAAUUCUCUGCUGAGUGCUAUGCUGCAGCCAGAGAUGAGGCGUGAUUACGAAUUAUGAAGGCCAAAGCUUGUGUAAGAAGGGAGUACUGCGCCAUCUUCCUAACUUUGGCUGUCUUUGUCCUAAUCUUUGUGGUACGUCACAUGGACGAUCCGGAGUUUCAGCCUAAAGUCAUCUUCGCCCCGAGAGUCUCCUCUGGCCCUGCCAUGAAUCGCAGCUUCUGCACCUUCCAGCCGCUGUCCCCUCAGGACGCUCUGGAGGAACGCCUCAUACUAGACUCCACUGCUUGGCCUGAAACGCCACUUUUGCCAGCUCUUAUUUCCUUGGAGCAGACCAGUGAUCCUGCUCACAGCACCUUCACCAUUCUCCCAGGGAGGAGAGGAGGACAGUGGCAUGUCGGGGAUCAGCUGGAGGUCAUGAUACAAACCUGUGACUUCCAGGGUCGUCCCAAGAAGUCUGGGGGGGACUUCCUACUCGCACGGCUGCACAACCGGACGCUUGAAGCUGGUGUUGCUGGGCAAGUGGUGGAUCAUCUGAAUGGGAGCUACUCUGCUGUCUUCUCUUUACUCUGGGAAGGAGACGCACAGGUUGAGGUGACGCUGGUUCACCCUAGUGAGGCCAUCUCAGUGCUCGACAGGCUGACCCGAGAACAGCCAGACCGGAUUUACUUCAGGAGCCUCUUCCGCUCAGGCUCACUCUCUGAAACCACCAUCUGUAACGUCUGCCUACGUCCAACCGAGCCGCUGUGCAACCACACGGACCUCCGUACAGGUGACCCUUGGUUCUGCUACAAGCCAAAGAACCUGAGCUGUGACGCCAGGAUCAACCAUGUCGGGGGGGAAUAUAAACAAAACCUCAAGGCCAAGGAGGAGAAGCUCUUUCAAAGUGGUGUCAACAUGAAAGUCUCCAUUCGGGCUUCAGGACCUUCCAAUGUCACUGUGUUGCCAAAAAAGGGAGGUCAGCUGAAGGUGAAGAGCAGCACUGUGACAUCUGGACCUUCUGGUUAUUACUACCAGGGUUUGUGGCGAGCACUAAGUGGCAUCACAGUUCGCCAAUUCAACGAGUCUGCCAUCACUGAGUGUCUGAAAGGCAAGGCGGUCCACAUGUAUGGAGACUCCACCGUCAGGCAGUGGUUUGAAUUCCUCAACGCAGCCCUACCAGAUCUUAAGGAGUUUGAUCUUCACAGCUCAAAGCAAGGUGGACCUUUCAUGGCCUUAGACUAUGCAAACAACAUCUUAGUGACGUUCCGCUGCCACGGUCCUCCUCUCCGUUUUUCCAACAUCCCAACUAGAGAGCUUUGUUACAUUGCCAAUGAGCUAGAUGGCUUAGUUGGAGACAGCAACACUGUUGUAGUCAUUGGCAUCUGGUCUCACUUCAGCACUUUUCCCAUGGCGAUCUACAUCAGGAGGCUGCAGAGCAUCCGCAGGGCGGUGGUGCGGCUGCUGGACAGGGCUCCAGGCACGCUGGUCGUCAUCCGGACCGCAAACCCCAAAGCUUUGACGCUUUAUGAGACAAUUACCAACAGCGACUGGUUCUCACUGCAGCGCGAUAAGGUACUCAGAGCCAUGUUCAAAGGACUGAAUGUCCAUCUAAUCGAUGCCUGGGAGAUGAGCCUGGCCCACUAUCUGCCGCAUAACCUCCACCCACAACCUCCCAUUAUUACCAAUAUGAUAAACCAUAUCUUGUCCUACAUAUGUCCUCAGAAGGAUGGCUAGUUCAUGUUAUCUCCUCCUUGCUAGUAAAAGUUAAACAUUUUCUGGAACCGCAAGCAGCUUUUUAAGACAGAUGGACUUUGUCUAAAUAAGGCUGGAGUCAAACUAUUCACAUCCAACGUGAUGUAUGUCCUACGUCACCAAUCUGUUCGUGCCAAGGACAAGGCCCAGGAGGAGAAGAUAACACAGCGUAGCAGCAGCGCCGAAGGACAACUGCCGGCCCCAGAUGACAGCUCAGACCAGGAGAGAUAUCAGGGCAGAGAGGAGGGGGCUCCACCCAUCCCCGUCUCGCCUGGACCCCGCAGGUCAUCACCAAGCCGAUGUUUGCUACUGUCGACAGGUUAACAAACCCUCCUGUGCCAGUAGCGUCUGAGCAUCUUUCCACGAGGGCCUGCAAUGAAUUUGCCUCCUUCUUUACUGAGAAAAUUCACAAAAUUAGACAGGCUGUCAAUGCAUCAGUAACAAAUUCAACAUAUGUGUUCCCUCUUAAAAUCAAUUCUAAUACAAUGAUAGAAUUUUAUCUUAUAAACCACAAAAACCUGGAGGACAUUAUACAACACCUGAACUCCUCAUCCUGUUGCCUUGACAUUCUGCCCACAGGCUUCUUUAAAACUGUUUUUAGCUGUAUGGCCUCAGAUGUUCUACAAAUUGUCAACAUGUCCCUUCAGACAGGUGUAUUCCCACAGGCCCUGAAAACAGCAGUCAUCAAGCCACUCAUAAAAAAGAACAAUCUAGAUACAUCACUCAUGAAAAAUUAUAGGCCCAUAUCUAACCUACCAUUUUUAAGUAAAAUCAUUGAAAAAGCUGUUUAUCAACAGCUAAAUAACUACUUAGCAAUGAAUAACUGCUUUGAUGUCUUCCAGUCAGGAUUUCGACAACACCACAGUACUGAGACUGCUCUGGUUAAGGUCCUCAAUGACAUCCAUUUAAACACAGACAGUGGCAAAAGUUCUGUCUUAGUUUUACUGGAUCUCAGUGCCGCCUUUGACACAGUUGACCACAGCAUAUUACUAGAUCGACUAGCAAACUGGGUUGGACUUUCUGGAACUGUACUAAGCUGGUUUGAAUCCUACUUAAAGGAUAGAGACUACUAUGUGUCAAUAGGCAAUUUCACAUCUGAGCGGACAAAUAUUGAAUGCGGGGUCCCCCAAGGUUCCAUUCUUGGCCCUCUUCUAUUUAACAUCUACAUGCUCCCACUAGCUCAGAUUAUGAAUAAGAAUAAAUUAUGCUACCAUAAUUAUGCAGACGACACACAAAUUUACAUAACCAUAUCACCAGGAGACUACAGUCCGAUACAGGCACUGAGUAAGUGCAUUGAACAAAUCAAUGAUUGGAUGUGCCAAAAUUUCCUUCAAUUAAACAAAGACAAAACUGAAGUAAUUGUCUUUGGUGCCAAAGAUGAACAAUUAAAAGUCAGCGCACAGCUUACAUCCAUUAUGUUAGAGACUACACCCCAAGCCAGAAAUCUUGGUGUUGUUGUAGACUCCGACAUGAAUUUCAAGAAACACAUAAAAUCAAUUAAUAAAUCUGCCUUCUACCACCUAAAAAACAUAUCAAGAAUUAAAGGGCUUAUGUCUCAGCAAGAUUUAGAAAAACUUGUCCAUGCAUUUAUCUUUAGUAGACUUGACUACUGUAACAGUGUCCUUGCUGGCCUUCCAAAAAAAUCUAUCAGACAGCUUCAGCUAAUUCAGAACGCUGCUGCUCGAGUCCUCACUAGGACCAAAAAAGUAGAUUACAUUACCCCAGUUCUGAGGUCUUUACACUGGCAUCCAGUCACUCAAAGAAUUGAUUUCAAAAUACUGAUGUUGGUUUAUAAAGCAUUAAAUGGUUUAGGGCCAAAAUACAUUACUGAUAUGCUGAUAAGUUAUGAACCGUCCAGAGCCCUUAGGUCGUCUGGGACAGGUCUACUUACAGUCCCUAGAGUUAGGACUAAACAAGGAGAAGCAGCUUUUAGUUAUUAUGCACCAACAAUCUGGAACAAACUCCCAGAGAACUUGAGGUCUGCUACAACUCUGUUUUUUUAAAUCAAGUCUGAAGACUUUUUUGUUUCCAUUUUAACCUGCAAUUUGCAUUUUAUUUGCUUCUUUUAUUUGCUUAAAUCGAGUUUUCAUUUUUUGUUAUUCGCUUCUUUAAUUCGCUUUUAAAUGUUUUAUAAUGUGUUUUAUGUAUUCUAAUCUUGCCCCUGUAAAGCACUUUGAGUGGCCUUGUGUCUGAAUUGUGCUAUAUAAAUAAACUUGCCUUGCCUUGCCUUGCUCUCAUCAUGCGUUGUCCUGGGACAGAGGAUGUUGUAUGUGGACAUAUUGUAAAGCCCUCUGAGGCAAAUGUAUGCAAAAAUGUAUGCAAAAGAAACAGGACUCGAUUCAAAAUGUCUCCAAACCUGCAUGGGUAUUAAAAACUGCUGAAUGAUCACACACAACUUCAUGCCCUGUGACUUGGCAUUGUCUCGCAGAAUUGCCAAAGGCGGUUGUUUCCUGAUGUACAGAAUUGUCAACUCGUCAUACUCUUGUUUUUUGUAGUAUUUUCAUUUGUUGUGUAUGUGUUAGUCAGUUUACAAUAGUAAAGACGAAAACAGGAAAGUAAAACAGAAAAAAACAAAAGUAAAUAAAUAAAUAAAAUGAAUAACAAAGGCAAAACAAAAUAAAAAAGUUAGAAUAAUAAUACAUUUUAAAAUGUUAAAAAAACACCCACCCACAGAUCCACAAUCACCCACCCACGGCCUUCACAUUCUUUCACAUAGUUUGCGUAGUACAACAUUGUAAAACUAAAAUUAAGUAAUCAGGUUCAGUUACAGUUAGUCAGACAGAUAAGGACAGAGGUCAUCUGCGUACAGUGAUACACGAUGUUCUAUCCCACCCCACCGUACUCCUCGCAAAAGUGGAGAGUGGUUCCAUUGCAAUUGCAAAAAGCAAGGGGGAAAGUGGGAAUACUUGGCGUGUCGUUAGAGAGAAAUAUGGGGAACGUUUUGAGUUUGUGCUGACACACGCUUGCGGAGAUGAAUAUAAGAGUUUAAUCCAGGAGGCGAAAACAUCACCAAACCCGAAUUUCUGUAGGAUCUUUUAUGAAACCAGUGUGUUAUAUUCAGGCCUGCUUAGAGGCUCAGAUCAAAACUAUCGGUCCAUAUAUGGUACUCGUUCUUGUGGUUGGAACAUAUGUGUUUAGGUUAGAGGCCCCUGUAUGACGUUAUGUUAUCACCAGUUUUGCUCACAACAUCUUCUCUAUAUAACUGAGCUGCCUCGCACUGGACAGCAGAACUUCAUAUUGACCGGGAAGAUUCUCCGAGCGAUCUAGACGCUCGUCUUGACCUGUGAUUCCUGUAAUAAACUUCCUUACAAGAAAGGACAGUGUCCGCGGAGAUUCCUUCAUCAUCACUCUUCAACAUCACUGUCGCUUGAAAUACGACACCAGUGUGGUCUUCAGAAAUAAUUAAAGGGGUAAUAUUUUCAAGUCGGCAAGACAGUACCUUUGCAACGAUUUCUGCAUCUGCAUUAAGAAGUGAGAUCGGCCGGUAGGAUCCACAAUCAGACGGGUCCUUGUCUUUUUUUAGUAAAAGUGUGAUGGUUGCUUGUGAGAGAGUAGGUGGAAGAUUAAUCAGUGACUCCUGAUACAUUCCAAGAAGAAUUGGAGAAAGCUUCUCAUUGAAUUUUUUGUAAAACUCUGCCGUAAAGCCAUCGGGCCCCGGAGUCUUGCCACUCUCUGCAUUCCAGUUCUAUUGUCCUAUCUAGCUCUGCGAUUUUAUCUGAUUCAAGGCAUGGGAAGCCAAGGCCUUCUAAAAAGGUUGUCAUUGGUCCUUUUGUAGAGGUGGAUUCAGAGGAAUACAAUUUAGUGUAAUAUGCCUCAAAAACGUUGUUAAUUUCUUUUGGGGUUGAUUUCAAGUUUCCAUGACUAGCUUUAAUUUCAGGGAUCAGCCGUGAGGCGGCAGCCGACUGUUCCCCAUACUCAUAUGACCGGCCACGAGAGUACAACAGUAGUUGUUCGGCUUUUUUGGUUGAUAGUAGAUUAAAUUCUAAUUGCAGGUUUUCCCUUUUUUUGAAUGUGUUUUUUUGAAUGUGCUGGAUGUGGCCACCCUCAAUGCCUACACCAACUGGUGUGACCAAUGCACUGCUGCUAUUCAUCAAGGAGCUUGUCAUGCCACAUAUGAAGAGGUGCAUGGAGGGCACGCCUCACCUCCAAACACCAUAUUAUAGAGGCAAUGAGAAAAUGUGGGU